CAAUUGUGAAUUGAGUAAUCGAUAUUGUUAAAGUUAAAGGAGAGAGAAAGUAGAAGAGGUCGAGGGAGCAGAUCAGCUCUCCCUGUCACUCUGCAAAUCCACCAAACCCUUGAAGAAAGUCGUCCGUAAGUUAACAAUCUGUCUUUUGCUCCCAAAAUUGACAACUUUUGUGACCUAGAUUAGAUUGGAUUAGAUGGAUCUUCUUCAAUAGCACCCCAUUCUUAAUUGUUAAAAGCUAACAAAACAGCAAUUAAAGCUACUACAGUUCCAUCAACUUUUUGUUUUUCCUCAUAUUUGACCGCCAUAAAUUGUGGGCUUUAUACCUCUAAAUCAUUGCUGCCCUUGCUUUGUUGGGCAAACAAGAAAGAAAAAAGAAAAGGAAAAAAGAAAUCUAGGGUUCAUCUCUUCAACCACCGCAUCUUAAUCAAAACCCAUUAUUCCAGUUCAUUCAUUGCUGUUGGAAUAUGUUCUCCGCCAUAAUUAUUCAGGUGUGUAUGAAGGGAAUUGACUCGGAAUGAGGGUUAGGGUUUUUAAUGUGCCGAAGAAUGGGGUGUGUAUUUGCGAAAGAGAUUUCGUCUUCCGGACCUGCAAGUUCUGAGAUCGUUGCAGACAAGAGGCGAAACAGAGACACCGGCUUACAUAUUCAUUCCGGUAGAGCAGAAGUAACCGCAAAUCCCGACGCCGCCACUGCCGGUGGUGGGGAGGCUCAAAAUGCGGUGGAUCAAAAAGACGGCGCUGCGAAACCAAGAGGUGAGAGAAGACGCUCAAAGCCUAAUCCCAGACUGAGUAACCCACCGAAGAACAUCCAUGGUGAACAAGUCGCCGCCGGCUGGCCAGCUUGGCUAUCUGCAGUCGCCGGAGAAGCUAUCAACGGCUGGACACCCCGGAGAGCUGAUACCUUUGAGAAAAUCGACAAGAUUGGACAAGGUACAUACAGUAAUGUCUACAAAGCUAAGGACACAAUGACAGGAAAAAUCGUUGCAUUGAAGAAGGUUAGAUUUGACAAUUUGGAACCUGAAAGUGUGAAAUUCAUGGCGCGUGAGAUUUUGAUACUACGCAGACUAGAUCAUCCAAAUGUUGUGAAAUUAGAAGGAUUAGUGACAUCAAGAAUGUCAUGUAGUUUAUACCUUGUUUUUGAGUACAUGGAGCAUGAUUUAGCUGGACUUGCAGCAAGUCCCACAAUCAAAUUCACAGAACCCCAGGUGAAGUGUUACAUGAAUCAACUAUUGUCAGGCCUUGAACACUGUCAUAAUCGCCAUGUGUUACAUCGGGAUAUUAAAGGGUCAAAUCUUCUUCUUGACAAUGGUGGAGUUUUAAAGAUUGCUGAUUUUGGUUUGGCAUCCUUUUUUGAUCCUAAUCAUAAGCAACCAAUGACAAGUCGGGUGGUUACAUUGUGGUAUAGACCACCGGAGCUUCUUCUUGGAGCUACUGAUUAUGGCGUAGGUAUUGAUCUAUGGAGUGCAGGCUGCAUUUUAGCAGAGUUAUUGGCUGGGAAACCUAUCAUGCCUGGUCGAACAGAGGUGGAGCAGCUUCAUAAGAUUUUUAAGCUAUGUGGUUCUCCUUCUGAUGAAUAUUGGAAAAAAUCUAAGCUUCCACAUGCAACGAUAUUUAAGCCACAACAGUCGUAUAGAAGAUGCAUUGCAGAGACAUUUAAAGAAUUUCCAGCAUCUUCUUUACCAUUAAUUGAUACCCUUCUUUCUAUUGAUCCAGCUCAGCGUCUAACUGCAACGGAUGCUUUGGGAAGUGAAUUCUUUACAACAAAACCCUACGCUUGUGAUCCUUCAAGCCUUCCAAAAUAUCCACCUAGCAAAGAGAUGGAUGCUAAAUUACGCGAUGAAGAAGCUAGAAGAUUGAGAGCUGCUGGUAAAUCAAAUGCUGAUGGUGUGAAGAAGACACGCACACGUGAAAGACCAGCAAGGGCAAUUCCUGCACCUGAAGCAAAUGCUGAGAUGCAAAUGAAUCUUGAUAGACGACGGUUGAUCACACAUGCAAAUGCAAAGAGCAAGAGUGAGAAGUUUCCGCCACCUCAUCAAGAUGGGACACUCGGGUACCCGUUGGGGUCCUCACAUCACAUGCAUAUGGAUCCAGCUUUUGACCCUCCAGACGUGCCAUUCAGUUCCAAUUUUUCAUAUGGGAAAGCUCCUAUUCAGACAUGGUCUGGACCAUUGGUUGAUCCAUCAAGAAAGAAUACAUCAAAAUCAUCCAAGAACAAGAGCAAGGAAAAGUGAUAUUUGGAAUUUGGAAACCCAAAAAAGGUAAAGGAUUUUGUUGUUAUUUUAUAUUGUUGUUGCAUUGUUUUUUUUUUUUUUUU